AUGGAUAUGGCGCGAACCGCAAGAAAACUCAUUUACCCGCAUCAGAAACUUAUUGUCCGAGCGUCCGUUACUUGCUCUCUAUACGACCCUCGUGCCGAGACUCAUCUUCAUACCAAUGCCAGCAAAAAUGGCUUGGCUGGUACCCUACUUCAACGCAAUCAAAAUGGAGUUUUACAACCGGUAACGUACUUCAGUCGUAAAACCACCGCGGAAGAACAAAAAUACCAUUCCUUUGAGCUAGAAACCCUUGCUGUUAUUGCAUCCCUACAGAGAUUUAGAGUUUACCUCAUUGAAAUCCAAUUUACUGUACAAACCGACUGUAACGCACUAAGGUCGACUCUUAACCAAGAGAGAUUUAGUGCCACGGAUUGCUCGGUGGUGAAUCCAAUUGCAAGAGUACGAUUGCACAAUUGA